AUGGCAGACAUCGCUUUUGGAAGCUCCGACGAGGCCAGUCAGACAGAAUGCAUUCAGGCCCUCGUCGUUGAAUUCAUCGCCACCUUCCUCUUUGUCUUUGUUGGCGUUGCUUCUUGCAUGUACGCUGAGAAGCAUGGUGGCGAUCAACUACUGGUGUUGUUUGUUGUGGGCAUGGCACAUGCAUUUGUGACGGCCGUAAUGAUCUCAGCCGCGCACAUCUCCGGUGGCCAUCUCAACCCCGCCGUGACACUUGGUCUUCUUAUCGGUGGUCACAUCACCGUGUUUCGUUCCAUGCUCUAUUGGAUUGAUCAAAUACUUGCGUCUACAACCGCAUGUUAUCUCCUUUACUUUCUCACCGGACAGCUAACUCCAGUUCAUACGUUAGCAGUGGGAGUGGGAACUUUUCAAGGAAUAACGUGGGAGAUUGUGUUGACCUUCGGUUUGUUGUUCACUGUCUAUGCGACUAUGGUGGAUCCAAAGAAGGGAUCAAAUACUGGAAUAGGCCCAGUUCUAGUUGGGUUUGUGGUCGGGGCCAACAUCAUCGCUGGUGGGGGCUAUUCUGCUGCUUCCAUGAACCCAGCCAGAUCUUUUGGGCCUGCCUUGGUUUCUGGCAACUGGACCGAUCAUUGGAUUUACUGGGUUGGGCCUCUCAGUGGUGCUGCCCUUGCAGGUUACGUCUAUGAGACCUUCUUCAUUGACCGAUCUCACGUUCUUCUUCUUCGUGUUGAAGAUAACUGA